AUGAAGAAUGUGAACUUUUACAUACCAGAUGAAGUAUGGGAACAGAUUUUUUUACGCGAGCCAGUGGAGACACUUAUACGAUGGAAGUGUGUUUGUAAAAAAUGGAACCGAAUCAUCAGCGACAAGUCCUUCAUCAAAGACUAUGGUCUCCAUCAAAAAACAUCCCAAAACACACGUAAAUAUUUACUCCUCAACUACUGUGAUCGCAAAAUAGAUUCAGCCCUUCCGAGCCCUUUUAAUUAUCGGGAUCAUCCACGACUCCAUCGACUUAGGAUCGGGCACUAUGAUUCCUGCUACUCAGCAGGCCUCAUCGAUAGAAAUUCAUCAUAUAAUGUUCUCGAAUAUUACAAUGACAUAUUUUGCAGAGAUCUCACUAGAUGUUGUCUAGAGGUUUACGGUAUUUGUGAUGGUUUAUUAUGUUUGGCUGUUCAUGCCAAUUAUUUACGCGAUGAUUUUCCUAUAUUUUUAUAUAAUCCGUUCAUCAGAAAGGGGAAGAAACUAAUUCCUCCUAGGCGUGCAGGUGCAGAUAACUUCACAUUGUUUGUUUCGUUGUGUUUCGGGUUUCACGAUGAUGAUUACAAAGUACUCAGGGUUCUUGCAUUUCAGAAUAGGUACGAGAUUUAUGUUUAUAGUCUGAACACCGAUAGUUGGAAGUUUGUGAAAGCUGAGGUUAAUAUUGAAGAUGGAGGGAGCUUGGAAAAAUUUAAUGUUCUGCCGUACCCUAAGGCCAGAUUAGUAAAAGGUGUCGCGUAUUUCAUACAAGGUAACAGAAUUAUAUCAUAUGAUCUCGAUGAUGAGAAAAUCAGGAAAAUACAAUUGCCGGGAGAUAUGAGUUCUGCUACCCAUGUUAUCAUGGAAGAAUACGGAGAAUCAAUAGCUCUAAUCGGAUCUAAUGCUCAAUUUUACAAUACCUAUAAUGUCUGGGCUAUUGGCUAUGGUGUGGUGAUGUGGGUACUGAAACAGAGUGACAACUCUAAUAUAUGGGAAAAAAAGUUCGAUAUCAGAGGGGGAGGAAUUAAUAAGCAUCGGUGGAUCCUUUAUCCUGUUGUGCAAGCUAUGGGAGGCUUCGUUAAUAACAAUGAACUUGUGAUGAGGAAGUGGAAGAUUUACGGUGAUAAAUAUCUGCAUCGUGAGUAUUUUCUGUUCAACGUAGAAACUGGAUUUCAAAAACAAAUUUCAAGACCACGCGAACAAGCAAGAGGAGAAUUUUAA